AUGGCUCGAAAACACAUCUCCAAAGAAGCUGGCUGCUAUAAAUGCAGGUAUGACACCGAAACGAUCAAUCACGUGUUGUUCCAGUGCCCUCUGGCCCGUCUGGUGUGGGCUCUCUCUCCCAUUCCAACUCCUCCUGAUGGCGUAAUGGUACAAUCCUUAUACUCCAAUAUAUAUCAUGUGUUGAAUGUUCAGAAAGAGUAUCCUAUAGAAGAUAUACAAGCCGAGAUUGCUCCUUGGUUGAUGUGGAGAUUAUGGAAAAAUAGAAAUGAACUUGUGUUCAAUGGAAAGGAGUAUGAGGCAGAGUGCAUUAUAAGGAAAGCAAGAGAGGAUGCUGAGGAAUGGAAGGGAAGGAAAGUGGCUGAAGAAACUGCGGUGAAGAGACUUGAGGUACAACAACCCACAAUUACUAACCAAGCGAAUCCAUGGAGACCUCCCCCCUCGAACUGGGUAAAAUGUAAUAGCGAUGGUGCAUGGCACAAUGAGAGAGACACCAGUGGCUUGGGUUGGAUCUGCAGGAAUGAGACAGGUGAGGUAUUGUGGGCAGGAGCUCGAGCUGUAACAAAGACGGGAUCAGCGAUACUAGCAGAAGCAGAGGCUUUAAAAUGGGGUGCUGAAACUUUGGCAAAUUUUGGAUACAAGAAUAUCAUCUUUGAAACUGACUCGUUACAAUUGGCCAAGAUGAUCAAUGGAACAGAGGAGGUGUGGCCAAUUUUGCAUCCCACAAUUGAGCUGAUCCGACAUCACUUGUUACAGAUUGGAACCUUUGAAGUGAGGUUCUAUCCAAGAGUGGGUAAUAAGGCAGCAGACAUAAUACCAAAGGAGUCGAUCACUUUUGUGUCUAGUAUUCCUAUGUUGUAUUCUGUUGUGCCAAUGUGGCUGAAGUAUCAAGUUUGGUCUGAUAAAUCCGUGUACUAG